AUCAGCCAUAUUGAAACUUGGCAGGUGCAGCUGAAAGUCAAAGUGUAAUAAACCUGUCUGUGGUUUAAUGUUCAGUUACCUUAGCCGGGCUCAUUACUUCCUUUUUGAAGCCCCAUAAUCCUUAAUCUUCAUUUAGUGACAGUUGAUGGUCAUCCAGCACCUGUAGCAAGACAAAACCUGAAAAAGAGAGCAGGGAGAAAUUGGCGUGUACUUUUUCAUCAGAACAUCGGACCAGACAGGGAGCCUAAAGGAUGGGGGAUGAGAACAACAGCAGCCUGAAGAUAAGAAUCCAGAAAAGAAUUUCCGAAAACUGCGUACCAGUACUGAAAGGAUUCUUUAACACCCUAGUGAUUGGCCUGUCUACUGCUGAAAUUGUCGUUGGUGCUGUGUAUCUGGAAGACUGCCCAGUCCAGAGAUACAUCCCUCUUUACCUAAUAGUUAUGGGAGUGGCAGUGAUGAUCACCAGACUAUUCACCUCUUUUAAAUGUUGUGAGCAAAAGAGCAGACUAUGCCAGGUGUGGAAGGGAGUUCUGUUUUCAUUUCUUCUGAUGUGGUUCAUUUCAGGGAAUGUGUGGAUUUACAAAACUAAACUGCAAGUCCUGGACAAAGAGAAGCCUGACUACUGCAACAAGUCCCUCUACCUAUUUGCCUUUUGGAUGACUACACUACUGUACACCUUUCUAGGAUUAAUGCUAGUUACGGCCUGCUGCACACUUGGAUGCAUUUAUGCACUGUAUGAUGAGAAAAGCACCCAGGUUCAUAAAGCACAAGAACAGCCUCAGUCAGUGGAGCUUGCUGGUAGUCAGGUGUAGACCCUACCUGACAUGUUCCAAAUUUUCAAAAAGUAUGGUAUUUUCAAAUCUUGGCACCAGGACAUGAUAAACGGAAAUAAUAAAGAUGUUGGAUUGUGUCUAAGUAGCUCAAAAAACUCAAGGUGUCAGCUCGUCUGAGAACAGCAGAGGAACACAAUCCUAAACUUACCACUGACUCAGAAAUCCUAAAUCCUGUUUCAUCUGGAGGUCCUCAUUGUCAAUCUGUCCCUUAAUUAUCAUCAAUAAUAUCUCUCCUAAAUUUUGUUUCUUCAUUUCCAUGUAUAGCUAAUAUGGAUACAGACAUAGGAUUUUCUUCUGCUUUUGGUACUGUGCCAGGUCUGAAUCUAUGGAACUGUCACAUCCAAGUGUCUAGUCUUCGUUGUUGCCCACCUUCCUAUCUAUAUUGAAAGCAGACCUCAAAAUGGGACUAUGCCAGCGUAUCACAGACUUUAGGUAAGAAAAGGUUUAAGACAAUAUGACUAGUCAACUUUAUUUUUAACCUCAAAAUGUGACUGGGGCAACACAGUUUCUUACAUUUCACCAUGUUAAAGGCAUAAAUACUACUGAACGUUAUCAAAACUUGUAGAGUCCAACAGUCUUCCAGACAGGCCCAUCACCUGAUAGAAUAUGCCACUUUCACAGUAUAGUGACACACUGGGGCACACUCUAAAUAACUGACCUAGACAGAUUAAAAGUGGCAGGCUACAGGAUUGUGUGGAUAAAGUCAGCCUUACACUACAUGACUUUUACUACUAUUUUCAGUCAUAGCCUCAAUAUACAUAAUCUUAAGAAAUCACAGAAAGUUGUAGACAUAGAGUCAGAGAGUACACCUGUUGCUAACAGUUGUGUAUGCGAUAUGACUAGUGACUUGAUCAUAGUGCUCUUAACAGCCUCCACAAACUCUGCACCUCAAAAUGGAAAAAAUCAAACUAGAUUUUUUUUUUGUAACCAGUUGUACGUUGAAGGGGUGGUGUCUUGUAUCUGUGAGAAUUAAGAACCAAUGGGGACUUAAAUCUACAAUGCCUACAAACAGUGAAGAACAAUGGGGAUUACAAAAAAAAAAUCAAUUGUUUUGGACUGUGCAAAUGGAUGAUAGUCUUGGAGAACUUUGGAGCCAGCACUGGUGUCUUCAAUAUGUUCACUAACUUUUGUACAGCGUUCCUCUCCUUAUUCUGAUUAGGUUAGGAUGACUGACUGCCAGAAUUAAACUAACUCAAGGUACUUUUGUGGUGGAAUGCAAGACUUGGAACUAUUAUGAAAAGUAUAUGAUUUCCUCAUGAAUACUUCAUCGCUGCAAUUCCUAGUCAUAUCAUUUUAAGCAACAAAGUUUAACAAUUGUAGUUGUGAAAUGACAUUCUCUAUAAAAAGAAGACAUAUUGAGUCCUGUAAUGUGGUACUAGCCUAAUAGGAUGGACUUGAACAUCACAAGGAUAUCAGCUUAGUUUCCAACCCUGACUCACUGUAUGACAGCGAGUGUAACUAUGAGUAAGUCAGUUGACCUGAAUACACUCUGCUUGUUAAAUAUAUAUAUCUUAUAUAUAAACGUCUAUGCGUGGAAGUGUGUGUAUGUCUGUCCGGCUCGGAAGUGAGAGGUGGAGUCGGGGUAAGGGCUCCAACUCAGAGGAAACAGAAAACUCGCUUAGCCGCUGAUAACACAAGCAGGGCCAGCACAUCAGCAAAACGAAACCUCAGAAGAAAGACAAAAUCGCUUAGCCGCUAACAUCGGCAAAACGGUAUCCCUUUUACUUUUC